UGAUAAAUCUGGGGAUUUGUGUGUUUACUUUUUUCAUCGAAAACAUAGAGUUCCAAGAAAUAAGCGGAUGGACAGUGAUAGCGAGGACGUUGAUGGUGUAGGGUGUGGCGGUGCCGGUGGUGGUAUAGGCGCCGGAGGUAUUGGUGCUGGAGGAAACCGAGGCAAGAAAGGUUUAAAUCCUUAUAAGCAUGUGGCGGCAGAUAUAAGAAAAGAACGUCCUCCCCCACAAGAUGAUUUGCCUCCUCCACCACUAAGGGUUUUCGCCGAUGGGAGCCAGCUCCUUUUUGAUUGGCGUCGGAUACACCCAUCUUUGCUUUCUCGUAUUGUUUGUCAAAUCACGGAUAUCUGCUGGGCUCUGGUUCUUGGUGGGAUUCUUCAGUUCGUCUUUAAUAAGGACCGUGGUCACAUUAGUCGGCACAAAGAACUUGAUAUAGAAGGUUUUUCAAAAAAGGUGAAAUUCGGAGAUAAAGGAUAUGAACAUCGUAACAAUGUUGGUGGAAGUUACAUGGCUGUGGGAUCAUUAAAAAGUGCAAUGAACCAUGUGCUUUCUGAAGGAAUAGAGAAAAAGAAUGACAAGAAGAAAGAGAAGACAUUUAAGUUAAAGGGCUCUUUUCGUUCAGUGAAUGGUGCAACUCCACAAUACAUCACUGAAUUGAUGGAAGCUAAGGGUCCGGUUGGUUUGACGCUUGACUUGACCACUCCACUUUCAUACCUUGGAGAUGGAAUUUACAGGGUUCCCAAGCCAAUAGAAGGAAUCAAGAGGCACGUAGUCAUGAUCGUGGCACAUGGAUUAACCUUAACGGAAGAAAUAUUCUUUGAGGUGCAAAACACGUGGGGGACAGAUUGGGGAGUCAAUGGACAUGGGAGGAUCAUCAUCACUGGAUCUACAGAUGACGUUUUUUACCUGGAUGAGAUUAUUGAGAAGAAAAAGAAGAAGUAGAGUAAAGUCAAUCUGCAUGAGUUGUUUAUAUGUUAGAUCACCAUGAAAAACUUGUUUCAUUUUACUCCUUUUCUAUUAAUGUCUGUUUUGAACUUAUGAAA